GUGAAAGAUCAACCAACACAACUGUUCUAUGUUUCUUGGCGCCAUUCUAUCCACUGAGACGGUGAGACACCAAUUUUCUCUCUCUUUCUCUUCUCCAACACAGCGGCCAGUCGAGCCAUCGGUGAGAGAUGAUGCUCAACACCGUUUUAGCCGGUGGUUCGCCAACGGGGUUCCGACCCACCACGGAAGGGAAGUCCUCACGGCGUUUCAGAGUCUUUGCCGAUGGCUUUCCGAGUUUUAUUCCCAAAGAAGUGGAGAAAAUCAAAGACCCAUUUGCUCGAAAGUUGGCCACAAGGAUUGAGAGGCUGCCUGUGCACGUUAGCUUCUCAGAGAGUUGUAUCAUGAGCAGUUGUGUGAAGCCCGUGAUACAGGUCAAAACAAAUCCAGUGGUUCUUCUACAUGGUUUUGACAGCUCCUGUUUAGAAUGGAGAUACACACUUCCAUUGCUUGAGGAGGCUGGUUUGGAGACCUGGGCUGUCGACAUUCUUGGGUGGGGCUUUUCCGACUUAGGAAUGCUUCCUUCGUGUAGUGUGGCUUCCAAGCGUGAUCACCUUUAUCAGUUCUGGAAGUCACAUAUUGAAAAGCCAGUGAUAUUAGUUGGACCAAGCCUUGGAGCAGCUGUUGCAAUCGACUUUGUACUCAACCACCCUGAAGCUGUUGAUAAGCUGAUUUUGAUUGAUGCCAGUGUUUAUGCAGAAGGAACAGGAAACCUAGCAAAAUUACCUAAAGCAGCUGCAUAUGCUGGGGUCUCACUGUUAAAGAGCACUCCCCUGCGCUUGUAUGCGACUUUUUUGGCUUUCAAUGGUCUUUCAUUCAAUACUUGCUUAGACUGGAUGAAUGUUGGCCGUCUACAUUGCCUAUUACCUUGGUGGGACGAUGCAACUGUGGAUUUUAUGAAUAGUGGGGGUUAUAAUGUCAGUGCCCAGAUAGGACAGGUAUACCCGUACUUGUUUUGCCAUUCCAUUUGACAAGCAAUGCAAAAUGUUUGCAUAUUCCAGUUAUACAGGUGUAGAGAGAGAGAGAGAGUUUUAUGCUUAGAGGAGAAAAAAAAUCAAAAGCUGAUAUGUGGCAAAGCCCUGCACAUAAUAGCGCUUAAUGGUCGAUACAACUGAUUUUGCACUACAUGUUAUACUCUGCUCUUCUCAUGCCAACGCUCUUGAAUACUUUUGCUGUCUAUCCAUGCUACUGAGUUAUGAUGUGCAGGUAAACCAGAAAACACUUAUAAUUUGGGGCGAGAAUGAUCAAAUUAUUGACAACAAGCUUGCUGUG